AUGAAGCCCGUCGGAGUACCACGGAGGCCGCGGCACAGGGACGCCGAGGCCGGUGGGGCCUCGUACCGGCGACAUGUGGACAGUGCGGAGGCUGAGCGGCACCGAAAGCGUAGGGAGGUCCAUUUGGCUUUUCGGGCUGAGCGCUAUCAACCGCUUGUUGAGGAGGAUGUGAAGGAGGAAAAGAAAACCAAGAAAGAGAAAUAUAAAAGAGUUAAGAAGAAUGUCGGCAAAGCGCUGCGCUCGACGUGGAAGUGCCUGAUGCUCGGCCUUUAUAAUUUUGCCCUGGGCUACUCCACGCCAGUGACAGCUGCCGCCACCUUUGUGCCGCACUUCACCCCGGGGAGAAACAGAAGCUGA